UUAGUGUUUCGGAAAUUACUGUUUGCAAUGGAGUCAUAUUUUUGCUUAUCAAAUUCUGAUUCUAUUUUCUUUGGGAAUUCGCCAAAAUUAUGUCAUUUCUUCAUCGUUUCUCAAUCCGGUCGUUGUCAUAGUAGAAAAGCGUCGAACGUUUGACAAAAUCCGCUAGUGAAUAUCGUUAUUAAAUUCAGUGUCGACCCUGGAGACAUCUUGUGAUAAAAAGCAUUGCGGCGAGUCAUUUCGCUGUCUCUGAAUAAGUCUUCACGUGAAACGAGUAACAAAAUUAGAUUGGUGCUAUUUAGUGUCCGCAAUCAUGGAGGAGUCGUGGGAUGCGGAAAAUUUCGAGCCCAAAUUGCCGACCACGUUGACAUCUUCGAAUAAAUGGGAGGGCGAGGACGAGGAAGAGACCGUCAAGGAGAGCUGGGAGGACGAGGAGGAGGAAAAAAAGGACGAAGAGAAGCUGCCGCCGCCCCCACCUAAGCCCAAGAAGAAAAUUGCGGACAAAAUAGCUGAGAAAGAGCGUCUGGAACGCGAGAAGGCCGAGCGCCUGGCCGCCGAGAAGGUGGAGGCGGAGAUGACAGCCGAACAGAAGCUUGCGGAGAAGCUCAAGAGACAGAAGCUGCAAGAGGAAUCCGAUCUCCGUCUGGCAAUGGAGACCUUUGGAAUCACAGAAGCCGGUGUCGGAAAGAUAGACGGCUUCAAUCCGACCACAAAGGAGGAGUUCACAGAGUUUGCAGAGCUGCUCGUCAAGAAGAUCGCCCUGUAUAAGGCCAGGGAGGAGUUCCCGGAGUUCGCUGAUGAGCUUGUUAAGAAUAUUGUUGUUCAAAUGUCAUCCCUGGACAUAAAGAGGAUAAAGCUGACCGUGGACAACCUGUACAUCGAGAAACAGAAGGCGGAGAAGAAUGAUAAGGGCAAAAAACCCAACAAGGGCAAGGGCAAAGCGAAAUUAAAAGUGGAAGGAGACAAUGCUCACCUCAAUCAAUACGACGCCUACGGCAACUACGAUGACGAUUACGACGAUUUCAUGUAAACGUACACUUACUAUACUUAGCCUGAUACCUGGCCCGUCCACAUUGCUUGCUCGAGCACACGCGUGUGUCAUGUCCUUUAAGGCUCGUUUAGACGGCGCGAGAACUCGCAUGCGAGUCAUUACUAGACCUAGAAUUUAUUGCUAGAAACAACAAACCUAUUAUCGAUAAGCAAAGCAAGUCAUAAAUAUAUUUAAAAAAAAUAUUUUAUAUUCAUUACGUUGCGGUAUUUGAUCUAUCGGCUGAAUGGGGUUGGCAACUGUCAAAGGUUUGCAUAGAGGCUGUUUGCAUAGUAUUUUGAUCUAUGAGAUUUAGCUUGAAGGGCUAUAAAAAAAAUAAAAACAAGAAUUUGACACAAUUCUAGGGAUUGACAGGAAAACAUGCUGACGCAAUCUCUAAAAUACUUCGCCCGGGCAACCCCAUUGGCUGUUUUUCCAUUAGCCGACACCGGCGCCGGCGCCGUGCGGUGCCGGGGAAGCAAAAAUGAAUGAAAAUGUAUGGCUCGCUUUUUCACUUACCGGCGCCGGUAUGUAACCUUAACAGUCCGCAAUGUAACUGAACUUGUAUGCUUGUCUACAGUCCGCAGCAGAAGCUAAGCGGCCCGCAAAAUGAUCUAAACACAAGUUUAUUGCCAGAUAGUGUGGGCAGAACAUUUUGGCCAUUAUUUUUUUUUGCUGACUACCGGCCGGGACGAACCAUCGCGUCGAAAGGAAUUUGAAGCUUCUAUACAGUAAUUAAAUUCUAUAUUUGAAUGGCAGCCACUCGCAGGACGGGUGUGUUAAUUAUUUUUAAUAUAUGGAAUAUAAGUCAAAUUGUUUUGCCUUUAGAGUCGAACCAAUGUCAAAUUACUAUGGAAAUAUGACAGUUAUAAUGUUACAAAGUUAGCUUAGGAUGCUUCCAUCUGUCCAAUAUCUUGGUGCAAUGUGUAUUUGCGUCUCACAUUCUGCUUAAUGAGCAAGGGAGACGCAAUGCACAUUGGACAUGAAUGGCCCUUAAGCGGCUAACACAUUACCGCACCGCACCAAGGUCAUUGUGCGACGCACCCAUAAGUAAAAGCGAAGCAUAAGCGAAAAGGAGAUAUUUGCUUUCUCGCUCCUACUUAUGGGUGCGUCGCACAGUGACCUUGGUGCGGUGCGGUGAUGUGUUAGCCGCUUUAGAUGAACUAAUAAAGCGCCACAACUGCUCUGCGUAGUUCGUAUGCGGCUAAAACUCGCCUGUGCUCGGCAAGUAAUCUGAAUGACACAAAACCCAACCUUACGGCUUUGACGUAGGGGCGACUUUCGUUUGUGUUGUAUUUUUGUUCCACUUCGAAGUGAUAUUUUUACGUCAUUAUUUAUUAUAUUGUCAUAAAAAUGUGCUCUUGUAUAUAAAGGGGCCCACUGACUAUCAGUCCGCCGGACAAGGGCCUGACACUCUUUGAUAGAGAAAGAUAGUCUUAUUGCGAUUCCUAUAAGAGGAAAGACAAAAUAGUGUCAUGCUUUGUCCUUAUCACCGACCGGCUGGCAUCAUAGGUAGGAGGCAAGGCGAAAUACCGAAAUUUAUAAGAGUGAAAGAGAAAAAAUCCUAUGCUGCCCUAAUUUUAUAUGAAUAUUCUUUCUCUUACCCCCGGUCGCUCGGUGGCGUAUCUAUAACUACUUGUAUAUACUAUGUCUAUGCCGCCGGACGAUAUCGGCCUGUCAGUUAGAACAAAAGUUUGACAGUUCCGAAAAACUGACAGGCUGAUAUCGUCCGGCGGACUGAUAGUCAGUGCGGCUUAAGUCGUUAUUUUGACUCACAAUAAAUUGUAGUAUUAAUUAUUUUUAUGGCAGUCAGGUAUCAAUAUUGGCAAGCCAUAUAGCCUAACCAUUAUUUUACAUAAUGUAAUAUAAUAUACAGUCGUUUCAUUCAACGGGUUAUGGUCCGAUGUUAUGUUAUAUAGAUAUUAAAUUUUUUAUUGUGAUA